AUGCUUGGAAAUUGGCAUAUUCUAAUAUUUUUUAUUACUAUAAUUAUUCAAUUACCUUUCAAAAUAGAAACUAAAAAAGUUGCAAAAAAAGAAAUUAUUAAUAAUGAAGUUAAAAUUAAUGAAUCAUUACCAGUACCAAUGAUUAAUAGAAGUUUUAUAAGUUUUAAAAAAUCAGAAUAUCAAGGAUCUUCUAAAUAUAAAAUUGGUGUAUGCUUUAUUGGAAAAAAUUUUAGUACAAUGUUAGAGAAAAUAUUUUGUUUUAUAAAUAGUACUAAAAAUAAAAUAAAAUAUAUGUUUUCAACAUGUGAUAGAAAGCAUCGUUAUCAAAGUUUGCGUAAGAUGCAAAAAGCUUACAAACUAGGUAGUGUUAAAAAAUUAUUUAAAGAAUAUAAAAUGUUAAUGGUUGUUAGAAACCCCGUAGAUAGAUUAAUUAGUGGAUUUAUGCAAUUAUGUUAUUUUAGAAUCUUUCUUAAACCAGAUGAAGAUUAUUGUUAUAAAUGUGGAAAAGAUUUAUCUUGUUUUAUUGAUAGACUUCAAAAUGAAUUGUGGAAAGUAGCUAAAAAUGAAAAAAUUCCAAAUCAAUUUCAUGACUAUCACUUUUAUCCUCAAACAUGGCAAUGUGCUUACUUUAAACAUAAGAAUGAAUAUACUUAUAUUAAAUAUCCAUCAAAAAAAAAGAACUCAUUCUAUGAUCAAUUAAUUUAUUACAUGGGAAAAGCGGGUGUUCCAAAAAAUGAUAUAACAUAUAUAAAUGAAAGGAUGCGUUCCACAGGAACAAAACAUGUAACAAAUUCAAAGGAUGCUACAAAAGUAUACAAAGAUGCUUUAUUUAGCAAUACGAAUUUAAUUAAAAAAGUAUGUACAAUAUUUUAUCAUGAUUUCAUUGAGUUUGGAUUUAAAUUUCCCAGUCAAUGUGAUCAAUUCAAAAAUGCUACAAUUUCUUAA